AUGAUAGACCCAAGCUCAUCCGAGGAGGAGAGUGAGGAGGAUCAGAGCACUCACCAUGGCGGCGGCGGUGGCGGCGGCGGUGGCGGCGGCGGCCGUGCCGGGAGCGGCAGCUCCCACGGUUCCCGCCGUCAUCCCGGAAGUAUCGGAAGCGGUCCAGGUUCCGGUAGCGUCGGCUCGCUCGCGUCGGGCCUCACCGCCUCGCCCGGCGGUCCGAACCACGUGGGCCCGUCGAGCGCCGCGAGCACCCACGGCAUCGGGAGUCGCGCCGCUGCGGGAUCGCAGGAGACCGCCGGGGCCGGUCUGGACGUGCCCAAUCUCGGCAGCGCCAGGAACUCCCUGUCGCCGUCGAUGAGCGCGACCCAGGACGCCGCGAAUUAUGCUCAGCGACCUACCAGUCCUUCUCCCUCGGUGGCCAGCGAGAAGACGGAAGCGGAGUUGCAAGACAAGCAUGAGAGAGAGGAAGAGCAAAGGAAAACUCGGAUCCAGCUUUACGUCUUCAUAUCUAGAUGUAUCGCUUAUCCAUUUAACGCCAAACAACCGAUGGACAUGACGCGAAGGCAGAUGAAAGUAACGAAGCAACAAUUGGAGACAAUUUGUUCUCGUUUUCAGAGCUUUUUGAAGGGCGAAACGCAGAUCAUGGCCGACGAGGCAUUCCAUAAUGCCAUACAGAAUUACUACGAUGUGUUCCUGAAAUCAGACCGAGUGGUACAAAUGGUGCAGAGCGGUGCAUGCUCCCAGCUCGACUUCCGCGAGGUAUUCAAGAAGAACAUUGAGAAGCGUGUUCGGAGCCUCCCGGAAAUCGACGGACUGAGCAAAGAGACUGUGCUUACGUCCUGGUUGGCCAAAUUUGAUUGCAUUUUGAAAGGCACUGGUGACGAGGACACCAAACGGCCUUCCAGGAUGCAACAGCAGUCUUUAAACUCGGAGCUGAUACUGUCGAAGGAGCAGCUGUACGACAUGUUUCAGCAAAUCCUCGGCAUCAAGAAAUUUGAGCACCAGCUUCUGUUCAACGCCCUCCUGUUGGACUCAGCCGACGAACAGGCUGCCGCCAUCAGGAGGGAGCUGGACGGUCGCGUACAGAAGGUCAACGAGAUGGAGAAGAACCGCAAGCUCAUGCCCAGGUUCCUUCUGAAAGAGAUGGAGUCGCUCUACAUCGAGGAGCUCAAGUCGUCUAUCAACCUGCUAAUGACUAAUUUGGAGUCGUUACCGGUCUCCAAGGGUUCGAUAGAUAGCAAAUACGGGCUGCAGAAGCUGAAGCGCUACAACCAUCGUGGUGAGCGCUCCCGCUCCCGCUGUCAGGGUUCCCUCGCUAAACUGGAGGGCGACUCCGCUGAUUCCGAUCCCCAACUGACGAAAAUGGACGUCGCCCUGACCUUCCAACUGGAAGUUGUCGUAAUGGAGGUCAAGGGCCUCAAAAGCCUAGCACCCGAUAGAAUAGUUUAUUGCACCAUGGAGGUGGAGGGUGGUGAGAAGCUGCAAACCGAUCAGGCCGAGGCCUCCAAGCCUAUGUGGGACACUCAGGGUGACUUCACGACAAUGUACCCGCUGCCGGUGGUCAAGGUCAGACUCUACACCGAGAAUCAGACGAUGCUCGCGCUCGACGACAAGGAGCUGGGCAAGGUGAUCCUGCGGCCCACCCCGCUGUCGUGCAAAGUGCCCGAGUGGCAUCGCAUGAGCGUACCAAAGAACUGCGCCGAUCAGGAUCUACGAAUGAAGAUCGCCUGCCGCAUGGACAAGCCGCUCAACAUGAAGCACUGCGGCUAUCUCUACGCGAUGGGCAAGUCCGUGUGGAAAAAGUGGAAGAAGCGGUACUUUGUGUUGGUCCAAGUCUCGCAGUACACAUUUGCGAUGUGCUCGUAUAAAGAAAAGAAAAGCGAGCCGUCGGAAAUGAUGCAGCUCGAUGGCUUUACAGUGGACUAUAUCGAGGCCGUUUCUGCUAAUCUCAUGGUCGGAAUGGAUUUGGAGGGAGGAAGGUAUUUUUUCAACGCUGUACGCGAGGGCGACAAUAUAGUCUAUGCCUCGGACGAUGAGAAUGAGUGUCACUUGUGGGUGAUGGCAAUGUAUCGAGCGACCGGUCAGUCGCACAAGCCCACCCCGCCGAUCUCUGUGUCAGACAAGAAUUCAACCAUCAGUAAGAUUCAAGGUGACGCCGACCGUGCGAAGAAGCACGGCAUGGAGGACUACAUCAGCGCGGAUCCGUGCAAGUUCGACCAUCACGGUUUAUUCAAGUCCUUGCAGAACUUGAUCCUCGACUACAGACUAAACGAUCCUUACUGCUCGCUUGGCUGGUUCUCGCCUGGUCAAGUUUUCGUGCUGGAUGAAUACUGUGCCAGAUACGGCGUGCGCGGAUGCUUUCGGCAUCUCUGCUAUCUUCACGAUCUGUUGGACAGAAUCGAUCGUGGGAUUAUGAUAGAUCCGACAUUGAUACACUUUAGUUUCGCCUUCUGUGCCACUCAUGUUUACGGUAACACAACAUCCGCCGAUGGCGUAGGCUCGAUUACCCACGAGGAGAAAGAUAAAUUUCAAGAUAUUAAGGAACGGCUCAGACAAAUUCUCGAGAGCCAAAUCACCAACUUUAGGUACAGUUUUCCAUUCGGGCGUCCGGAAGGCGCGUUGAAAGCGACUUUAUCUCUUUUGGAACGCGUUCUCAUGAAGGACAGCGUGACGCCCGUGCCACAGGAGGAAGUGAAGGCUCUGAUAAAGAACUGCUUGGAAACGGCGGCGCUAGUGAAUUACACAAAAUUAUCUGCUGAAGCGAAAAUCGAGGACGAUUUGAGCGGCGAGGUGUGCGUGCCUUCCAGCAAGAAGCUGGAGGAUCUCAUACACCUCGCCGAGCUGUGCGUCGACCUGCUCCAGCAAAACGAGGAGCAUUAUUCGGAGGCGUUCGCCUGGUUUAGCGACCUUAUGGUGGAGCACGCCGAGAUCUUCUGGUCGCUAUUUGCCGUUGAUAUGGAUAAAGUGCUCGCGGAGCAACCGCCAGACACGUGGGACAGCUUCCCGCUGUUCCAGAUAAUGAAUGAUUAUCUCAAGACCGACGACAAUUUGAAGAACGGGCGGUUCCAUCAGCAUCUACGCGACACAUUCGCGCCGUUGGUGGUGCGUUACGUCGACCUUAUGGAAACGUCGAUCGCACAGUCGAUCCAUAAGGGCUUCGAGAAGGAACGAUGGGAGAUCAAGGGGAACGGCUGCGCCACAUCGGAGGAUCUCUUCUGGAAGCUGGACGCGUUGCAGUCGUUCAUCGGUGGACUCCACUGGCCCGAUCAGGAGUUCCGGCAGCACCUCGAGCAGAGAUUAAAACUGAUGGCAUGCGACAUGGUGGAGUCGUGCAUUCAGAGAACCGACGCGGCCUUCCAACAGUGGCUUAAGAAAGGCGUGACCUUCAUCUCCACAGAUUAUAUCAUACCGUCGGAAAUGUGCGCAAUGGUGAACGUCAUUUUGGACGCCAAGAAUCAGAGUUUUAAGCUUUGUACUGUCGAUGGUGUCGAUGUGCAUCAAUAUCACGCUAAGAUCGACGACAUGAUUGAAAAGACGUCAGCGGGAAUGAAUCAAGGAAUGAUUAACAAGCUCGUAACAGUGUUGGAAACGACGCUCUCUAAGCUGUCUCGUUACGACGAGGGUUCCAUUAUUGGCUCCCUUCUCAGUCUUACGAAGGUAUCAGGAAGCGGGAAAGAAAUGGGACAAGCCUAUGUAAACUUUAUGAGAAACUGUAUAGAUCAGAUUCGCAGCAAAGUCCUCGAUGAAUUGUGGAUUUUGACUUUCUUCGAGCAAUGGUACACGGCGCAGAUACAAAUGCUAUGUAACUGGUUGUCCGAGAGACUUGAUCACAGCCUGAAUUUGUAUCAAUGUACCUGUCUGGCUCACAUCGUGAAGAAGAUCUACUCGGACUUUGAGCUUCAGGGUGUCAUGGAGGAGAAACUCAACACGAAGACAUAUCAGACUAUAGACAAGAGGAUGAAGACGGAAGAAGCAACUUGUGCCUUAACCAUGAGCGCUCAGAACGUAGAAGGGCUUUCAGAGAAUGGCAAUGACGACGAGGUGGAGAGACCUAAGACAAAAGUGACGAUCGUUGAGACGAUAACGGAGGACGCGAAUUACGUGGCCAAUCUGAGCAACGUCACCUCGAACGUAGUUGGAAAAGUCGGUAGCAUGUUCGGCAAGGGCAUCGGCGGUCUUUCUACGAAAUUCGGCUCAGCCAGCAAUUGGUUCUAGUUAUUGUUUCUAGCAGUAAAACCUGCUCUGCCAGUAAAACCUUACAUUCGACUAGUACGUUCCUUCGUCUAAAUAAGGGGAUGCGAACGGGAAGACUUCUAAAGGCGUAGACAGUACCCUAUAUAGGCAGUACGAUGAUCUAGAAUUUUGUCCAUAUAAAAACGAAUGGUACGAUUGAAAACGAUGCAAUCGAUCGGGUCAGUUUGGCUUUUAUCGUCUAAGCAGAUCGUUUCGGUUUUAUCACGCGGAUCUCCCUCUUCGAAGAAAGAGGGAGGCUCAUCCGUUCGCCGCGACGUUCAAUCGCGCGGAGCUAACAAAAUUAACUUAUUGAUUAAUCACGAGAUCGAGGAACUAAUUGUUGAUACAUUUACGUUUACUUAGUCAUAUAUAGCUUUCGGAUUUGAGGUAAUAAUGCAUAUUAGACGUAACUACAAACACGCGCGUCCGCGAGAAUUACGUGAACUCGUCGUGGGCUCGUUUUAAUUAAUUGAUUACCGAUUUAUGUUUAAUCUCAGGUAAUAGUCGGAAACAUAGCCGAAGUAAUUAUAUAUUCGGGAAGGCUGAUUGCGCUGAGUACACGUGCGAUAUAGACCAGAGAGAUAGUAAAAUCUAAUCGCGUAGAUAUUUAAUCAUAUUACAAAGGUAUAUGUAUAUAAACGUACAUGCAUAUGCAACGUGUAAUUAUGAGGUAUUCAUACAUUCUAUCGUGGUCUGCAUGCGACACACAGGCUAACGUCGUUAAUAUAUAUAUAUAAUAUAUUAGCUGAAUUGUGUCAGAGCACAGAAUGCAGAUUUUUCCUAUCUAGUCUAUGUACCCGCGAGUUGUUUUUUGCGGAUUUAGUUGUGUGUACGUCUCGGAGGAUAUAAAGAGCACGGGCACGUAUUUCGCAUAUUAUAAGCUGGAAAAGAUUCUCGGGUCGAUUGCAACGUUACCUGGGACGUGACAGUGGGAUCGCGAUAGUGGGAAAACGCGGGGAGUCCCGGAACAGUAAAGGGGAGGAAAAGCGGGGCGGGAGGAGGAUAACCGCGACUGACGAAGCUGCUUAUCGAAUUUAAUUUUGCGACCAACGAGGCAAUGCUUUUCCAACUAUUAGAUACGAUCGCUGUUAUCUGCUGGACGACCAUUCGCCCGAUACUCGAAACGAAAGAUCUCUCGUAUCGUCGCGAGAAUUUGUCGCGAAACGGAGGAUAGGAAAAAACGUUGUUUUACAACACAAACUAAAAUGUUACGCGAGAUGGGAGAGAGACCCAUCGAAAAAUAUUUCUCUUAUCGAUGAAUGUAGAAUCGAAAAUUUAUUUUGCAAGAAUUUUCAAUUAGUAAUUUCUUCUAUUGAAAAUCUCAUUGCAAUUGCGAACUCAAUUUCUGAAACAUCGAAGUUGAGUUAAAAUUAAUUAUAAAAUGAGAUUCUGUUAUUUAUAUUUGAAACUUAAUUAAUCGAUAUAAAUAUCUGUUUCAAAACGCGUUUGUAGUCAUCUGUGUCUUGAAUAUUAUUUGUGGUCCGAGGCACUCUUUGUACAAGGAUUGAUAUAGUUGAUGUUACUCGUAUACAUCGUAAUAUAUGCGUAAUGUUCGAGAUUGUGAUCCAGCGAUAAGUGGGUUUAACGCAUAAUUUUGCAUGAAUAAACGAUAACAGUUUCCCAAACGGCAAUAAAUAAUAUCUCAGUGUUUAAUAUUAAAUAUCGCUAUCUUACGCGGUUUCUUUCCGAUGGUACUAUAUUAUUAAAUAACACGCGCGCAGAGAGAUAAGUUUAAGUAUGCUAAUUAACCGCGAUCGAAUGGUCGCCAAUAACCAUCAGAAGCAGUGAACGUAAUAGCACGUUAUUUUUUAUCUGUGUUACAUUUAUGCUGAUUUACAGUUAUUUUAUAAUUAAAUUACAUUAUAUAAACUGUACGCAAUAUCGAUAUAUGUACUAGCGUAUGUGCUCCGCAAUCUGUAACGUGACUCGCGAUUCUUUGUUUGCGAGCAGAAAGUGAAGAAGGACGCGAGCAAAUGAGAAACUUUUCUAGCGAGAGUCGCUCUCGGAAAGAUAAAUCGGAGGAUUCUUCGUUUAUUAACGAGUGGCGUUAAUAAAAUUCUUUAGUUUAACGUCACUCGACGAUGAGGGAAGAGUUCUUUUUAUAUAAGAAUCGAAUAUGAGAAGUAUUAAUAUCCUGCAGAGUAUAAAAAAUUCGUCAGUAUGCACUAAAUGCACAUUGUGCAUUCACUCGACGAUUUUUUUCAUUUUCAAAAGUAGCUCUCGAUACACGUGAAACCUUUUGAAACGGUCACAGAUUUGGGGAGCAAUUCUCAAUCGUGUUUACCGCAGAUGAUUUUUACCGUCGAGAGUCGCUGUUAACGAGUGAUAUCUAGAAGAUCGAGAAACGAAGCUAUCCGCGGCAUUGAGAUGUUUUCGAUUUUGCUCUUAAUCGCGACGGAAGGAAUAUAUAUCUUUUUUAGCUUUAUUUUUUUCUCUCGUUAUCGUCGUCAAUGACACACGUCGAUACUACUAACGUCCUGUGAAAGAAAAAAAAGAAACAAGUGUUAUGUAGGUUUACAUUGCAAGAAAGCCUUGCCUCUCAAUUACGGGGGGCGCAUAUAUAUUUUCAAAACCUUCACGAUAUAACGUUCGUAUAUCAAUGGAUAUUUUUAUUCAGCUUGAUAUAAACUCUUGAAAGUGCAUCAAACGCGAAAGUAUAACAACGAAGCAGGAUGAAAAAUGUACGUCCCCGUGAAGAAAAAAAAAAAAAUCCUUGCUCUAUCUUGCGUUGCAGCAUCUCGUCCACACGUGAAGUUCGUUUUGUGCAAUUUCUGCUUUUCAAAUUAUAACGCGCGAGACAAAUCCUAAUAAAAAUCGUAUUCAUAUCGAGCUCCCUUCGAGCUUUCUCUGUCUACCUCAAAGUCCUAAGAUGCAUGCCGCUAUUUUACGUAAAAUAAUUUUAGAGCGACGAAUUGUGUGUGUAAGAAGCGAAGAGAAAAUGAGAAAUAUAAUCGAUUUAAUAAAGAUAUAAAGUUAAUUAACAAUCGAAACUUAUGGAAAAUGAUAUAAAACGUGCAAAUUUUUUCUUCACAGAUUAGAUUCGAGCAAUUUGUAUGAUUCACUAAAAAGAAAAACAAAUAUAUAUGGAAUUACAUUUAAGACAAAUAUAUGUAGAUUAUGCCAAAUUGUUUGUUUAAUCGAUUUUUCACUGCCUGAUUAGCGACGGACACAUUUUUCACCCUACUUCGACGAGUAAGGCAGUAAAAAUUUUAACGUACAAGGGAAAGAGAAGAGAAACACAACUAUAAAACAGUUGGCAGUCGCGCGAACGCGAGGCGAGGGAUUUACCAUUCGUUUGUACAUACCUUAGCGGUGGCGAAACGGGAAAGGGUAAAUUUUUUAUGUGACACGAAAAAAAAAAGUAGCGAGAGAGAGCUCGCGCGAGAGCGCGGAAAUCUGACGGAUUGAGGGAUCUGUUCUCUGUCACGCGCGCUCACAUUGCAAAAAGCGAGAGACCGCAUUCAAAGAAAAUAAUUCGCAUACGGCACAACAGCCCGUUUCGGUGCGCGCGCGCCGAACGCAAAUUCCUAGGGACGAUGUUAUGCUUUUCAUCGUCGACUUUCAAACUUGAUGAGAAUAUUUUUCGAUGCAUCGCACGUUUAUAGAUUAGGGCGACGAAAAGCGAGAACCCUUAUUCUCUCUCAAUCUUUCUAUCCUUUCUUUGUCUCUUUAUCUCUUUCUCUCUCUUUCUCUCUCUCUCUCUUUCUUUCUUUCUCUCUUUCUCUCUCUCUCGUCAGAAUUUGAUAAGUGCAUGUUAGUUCGCUAACUAAAAGGAUGAGAUAAUUGUUACAUAUAGGGAUUCUUUUAAUCUCGGUAUAUUGUUCCGUGUUUUUCGGUGGUUUCCCUUCCCGAGGAAAACACGCACGGGGUUGGAUCAAAAAUACGUUUUUGCGCUCGAUUUUCAGUUUGAUUAAUGUUCUUUCAAAAUCGAGACGCGCGGAAUGCAACAAUGGUGCCUGACAAAAAUGCCUUUAUCACGCUUCGGAAUUUCUCCUUGUCGUAUUAAGCCGAAAUUCAACCAAUUAUCGAUUUUUUUCAGACAUAAAUCCAAAUUAAAAACAUACUUUCAGUAUUAAUAUAUUUUUAAUGAAAAAUUCACGAGAUAAUAUUGGACAGAUAACAAAAUUUAAUUUAAUUUUGACUAAACUAUAAUUUUGAUCUUAUCAAAAUACUAAUUUAAUCUCGAUUGUCAUUACUGAAUAUUACAUCAUUUUAUGAUUUUAUGUUUGAUCGGAGAAGAGAUGAAUAUAAGAGAAAACAAGGAUGAUUCAGAGGCUUGAUGAGCGCGUUGCUACAGCUGCUUGAAUGUUUCGCCACUAGCGUCACAGCGAUCAGCGAAGCGUAAUUGCACGAUUUAUCGUCGCGACGAUGUAUAUUGAUUAAGUAAACGCGGCCUUACACAGAUACACACACACACACACACACAAACACACGCAUACACACACACACACACACACAAAAUCACACUACCACACACCGUAACACGAUAAUUGCCGUCGCGCGAAUGUAAUGAGAUUUUACAAGAGGCGAAAGACCAGGCGCGCAGUGCGAGAGUUUUAAGCUUUAACAGAUGCGAGAACAGGGGAAAGAAAACGAAGAAAUGGAAAGCGUGGGGAAUUUGGAACGUUUAACAAAAGAUAAAAAAAGCUAAAUUAUUAUACUAUACUUAUCAAUGCUAACAACGUUAGAAUUAUUAUGAUUAUCGUGAUUAUUCUUACUAUUGGUAAUUCUCCUAUACUCUACGAUUAAUUAGAUUAGAACAGUUACGAAAAUGAUCUCUCUCACUUUUUCUGUCUGUCUGUCUGUCUGUCUAUCUGUCUGUAUACCUAUUUGUCUGUCUAUCGAUUUUAUCUCGAUCUUUGUUGGCCUCUGUUAUUUACUGCUCCGGCGUCAAAUGAUAAUAAUUCUUCACCGAUCGAAUCUCGAUCGAUACAAACACUUCUGUCGCCAGCUCUCUCCACUUGUCUCUUUACCUUUCUUUCUCUGCCUUUCUUCCCGUUCUUUGUGUCUUACCCUCUUCUUUUUCCGUCAUUAGUUUUCACUCCCUUGCUAUUUCUCGUUCUCUCUCUAUCUCUCUAUCUCUUUCCUUUUUCUUUCUCUCUUUUUUCCCUUCUUCCUUCUAUCUUUCUAUUCUACGUUUUGAAACUGUGACUUUACUUGAACCGAAGAGAUGGUCUUUUUACUCUCUAGCCAGUGUUCUAGUCGAUUUAACUUUUACUCAAACUGUUGUUCUCUCGUUAAUAAAAAUUCCGACAAAAAAAAAGAUACAAAACAAGAUACAGAAAAAAAAAGACAACACAUAUCCCGACACUCUCUUUUAUUUCCUUCUCAAUUCUCGGCACGAUUUGAUCGGUAUAUUCUAUAAGUCUAUAAUAUCAUCCCGCGUCAUGUGUUUUUUUUUUCAUCGACGAAAAGAAAAGAGAACAGAAAUCACUCGCUCUCAUCGUUUGUCGCCCGCAUAGUAAAGUUUAGAGCAGAGGGUAAACUGUGGUGUGAAUGUGCGCAUUUUCUGUGUAAAUAACUCACACACGCAUGUGACACGCAGCAUCCUCAUCGUGGCAUCGUCAUUGUAAGAGAAAAACGGCCGAAAGGGGAAAAUCUUGUAAGAAUAAAGAACAGAAUUAGAAUUGCGGAUUCGAUCUCGAUUUUGGAAUGCAGGAAAAGAGAUAUGUAGAAGGAAACAGUAAAAGAAUCUGUCUCCUCUUUUCAUAUUUUCUUUUCGGAUAUUCCAACAAAGAUUGAAUUCCCUUUUUAAUUCCAUUCUUUCUCGCAGGGAGAGAAAAAAAAGAAAUUGAAAGGAGCACGAUUUUCAUUGUAAAAAAGCGACUUCAAAUUUUCGUGUCAUCAUCUCUUGCCAGUUUCCGAGCCCGCGAAGAAAAAGACGAAAGGAAGAAGACAAAACGGGAAGAGAUCGCUUGCGUAAUCGGAAAUAAUGAAUGAAUGAGUGAUAAUCACCGCCGGUAUCUCAUUCUCUCUUUCUCGCUCACACAUUCUCUCUCUUUCUCUCUUUCUCCCUUUCUCUCAUUCACCCUCACUCAUGUCGGAGCAUCAAUCGCAUCUCUUUACUCGACUGCAAAGCGGAAACGACUGUGAUCUAGAUUAGUGUUACACAUCGCAUGAAGAAGCAGAAGAAAAAAAAAAGAGAAAGAAACAAAAGAAAAAAAAAACAAUCGAUCGAUCAGUGCUUAAAUGCGACAUCGACCAUGAAUCAUGACAACGUAGAUUAUGAAUGUCUCGUAGCGAUUAAGGUAUUUCUUAUGGACUCACGCAUAUACAUAUAAUAUAUAAACCAAUGAAAAGAAAAAAAAAAUAUAUAUACAUAUUACGCCGCGCAGAGAGAGGGGCUAUGCGAAAAUCGUCGGUAUGUUCUUUUCUAUUUUUUUUUGUUUUCUUUUGUAGGGCAUUUGUGUAAGUAUAUACUUGCAUAUGGGGCAAGAGAAUGCAAAACGCAUUACAUGUAAUUGCAAUUAAUAAAGUAUACGUUGUAAAAUGUAAA